CGUACCUACUCCUCGAUGUCAGCCCCCAAUUUCACAUUGAUCAGAUGUACUCCAUCUCCAUCUCUCGGCUACCGUGUGAUCAGAAGGAGGCGAUGUUCCUCGGGGAGCUGCAGCUGCGGCAUCCCUGCCUGGUGAGGAUGAUCGGCUACUGCUGCGAGGAGGAGCACAGGCUCCUCGUCUACGAGCUCAUGGACCAUGGCAGCUUGGACGACUACUUCUUCAAGCCUUUUUAUCGUCCCGUGCUGCCAUGGUCAACCAGACUAAGCAUCGUCUUAGCUACGGCGAAAGGGCUGGUGUCCCUCCACGGCGCGGAGAAGCCAUUGAUCUGCGGCGAAUUCAAUGCCUCCGACAUCCUACUGGACUCGGAUAACAAUGCCAAGAUCUCGCUCUCGGGCCUGAGGCUUGACACGAGAGCGAGCGACGGCUCGGUCACCACCACGCGCUCGCGCCUUGGAACACCGCGCGGCAGCGCACCGGAGUACGUCAUGUCCGGCAGUCUCACCCCGAAAUGCGACGUGUACAGCUUCGGGGUGGUGUUGUUGGAGAUUCUGAUCACAGGGAUGAAGUGGGUAGACAUGAAAAGACCCAUCAAGGAGGAGCGGAACCUGUUGGAGUACGCGCGGCCGAAUCUCGAAGACCCGGUUAAACUGGCAGGGAUCAUGGAUAAAGCAUUGAAGGGCAUCUACCCAGUGGCAGCCGCACACAAGGCUGCCCUGGUCACAUACAAGUGUCUCCAUGUCAAACCCGAGGAGAGGCCAGACAUGUCGGACGUCGUGAAGGCGCUGGAUCUGCUUACCGACGCCGCCAUCAAGGAGGAUCAGUUGCCGGUGCCGGCGCCUGUGUCGCCCAACUCCAACAUGCACAGGUUCACCUUUGCGGAGCUGAGCGCCGCGACCGGAGGGUUCGCCUCAGGAAACAAAAUCGGCAGCGGCAGUUUCGGGACGGUGUACAGGGGAUCCCUCGAGGACGGCUUCCGGCCGGGGCUCCCGGCGCAGCCAGUCGCCGUCAAGAGAGUCCGUGCUGACGACUACCACUCCGAGGAACAUCUGAAAGAUUCGAUAUUCCUGGGGGAGCUGCAGCCGCGGCAGCCGAGCCUGGUGAAGAUGAUCGGCUACUGCUACGAGGGGCUGCACAGGCUUCUCGUCUACGAGCUAAUGGGCCAUGGCAGCUUGGCAAACUACCUCUCCAGUGAUAUUCGUGUUGUGUUGUCAUGGUCAACACGGUUAAGCAUUGCUCUAGCUACCGCGAAAGGGUUGUUGUCCCUCCAUGGUGAAGAGAAGCCACUGAUCUCCGUCAAAUUUAACGCCUCCAACAUCUUACUAGACUCGUAUAACAAUGUCAAGCUAUCAGACCUGUGGUUCGCCAGAAAAUACGGGAAAGGUGACGAUCCUAACGUGUACACACUCAUAACAAGUGGGUACGGCUCUGCGCCGGAGUACGUCAUGUCCGGGGACUUCACCAAGAAGAGCGACGUGUACUGUUUCAGAGUGGUGUUACUGGAGAUCCUAACCGGGCAGAGGUUGGCCUGGUUGGCCUGUGCUUCAGAACAGAACCUGCGGAACCUACGACCACGUCUGAGAGACCCGCUCAAGCUAGGGAGGGUCAUGAUGCUUGCAUGGUCGCGUAUAGGUGCCUUCACGCAAGCCCCGGGAACAUGUUGGCUGUUGUGGAGGCGCUUGAUUUGCUUGUUGGUGUCACCGUCGCGGACGAGGUCGAAGUUAACAUCCAAGAAGGCAUAUUAUUAUUAUUAUCAGGACGAGGAAAUCUCAGGCGGGAAGUGCAAGGCCAACUGGAAGCUCGUAACCUCGCCGGUGGACCGCGGUGGCCUUGGCAUUCCAGACAUGGUACGUUUUGCGCGCGCAGUCCGCCUACGGUGGCUCUGGCUCGCAUGGAAGCAUCCGGACAGGCCAUGGGUCGGCACGGGAUCGCCGUGCGACGACAAGGACAGAGAACUAUUCGCCGCUGAAACUAGAGUUGACAUAGGAAAUGGAAGGAGGGCCACGUUCUGGAACUGCACCUGGCUCGGCGAUCAGCCGCUAAAACUUCAGUUCCCUCUGCUGUUCGCCAACUCAUCAAGAAAGAACCGAUCGGUGGCUGAAGCGCUCCAGGGCGACAGAUGGAUCCUUGAUCUCCGGAGAAGCAAUGCGAUGGAGAUCAUCCCGCAGCUGGUCUCUCUGCGCCGCAGCAUCCGCGAGGCCAAUCUCACCUUGUGGGAAGAGGUGGAGGAUGAGAUCUCCUGGCGGGCGGGAGCUCAGUACAGUGCCAAAUCAGCCUACGAUGCUCAGUUCGAUGGGCAGCCAAGAGGUGCACUACAACAGCUCAUCUGGAAGGUAUGGGCGCCAGGGAAAAUCAAGUUCCUCAUGUGGCUGUUGCACCAUGACCGGCUCUGGUGCAACGACCGGCUGCAGCGGCGCGGAUGGAAGAAUGGCUACUUCUGCCAGUUAUGCCUCAGAAACUUGGAGAGCUCGGCGCACCUCCUUUGGGACUGCCCCACGUCACAGCUGAUUUGGGCCAGGGCAGCAGCAUGGAGGGGCUGCGGCGCGCUCAGCCCAGUAACCUGGGACGGGUGCAAGACCACAACGGAGGUUGUCACUGCAAUAGUCUCUGCAUCAUCACCAUCCAACAGACGAGCCUCCAAAUCCAUGCUGGCUCUGGUUGCAUGGAACAUCUGGCAGGAACGCAACAGCUGCACGUUCAGGAAGAAGGAGGCUUGCGUUGACGAUGUGAUCAGUGCUUGCAGAAGAGAAAUAGAUCAAUGGAGGCUGGCAGGAGCAAAAGGAUUAGAGCCCCCCUUCGGGGAUAUCACAUGA